AUGGCGUCGGUGUUUACAUUCGACCCCGAUCUUCCCCGGGUCUCGUCUCCGUGGUCGAGCUCGGGAGCAACAACGCCUCGCCAUCAGAAGGGGGGCGGUCAGAAUAGUUCUUGUGGCCCAAGUCCUGUUGAUACAAGUGACCCCGGCUUCCUCGAGGCAUGUGGCAUAAAGAAACUGGAACCAGAGCCCCAGGAUGGGCCUACAGAGUAUAAACUGCAUUUACUCUUACGUCCUAGGCGGCCUUUUGUGUCAUUGACCUCGGGGGCCCAGGUUUCAGGCUCACACCACUCAAAGCCGCAUGACAAUUGUGCUGCGGAAAAGGAAGUUUCCGAAUCUCCCGAGCCCGGCUCACGGACUGCACAGUCGUCUUCAAAUUCACCACGCCAGGCUCGCCUAUGUCAGCUUACUACCCAGCUGCUCUGGAGACUGCAGCAGUCCUCUCCAUUCCAUUCAUCUUCCACUGCAAAUCUGGUGCUCCCUGCCCUUCCGGAGGCGACUGAAUCUUUGAAUGUUCCUAGUACCCUUUCUCCGCUGCUUCCGGGACUUGAGGAGAGCCAGGGGGCGUUAUAUGAAAUUGGAGUUACUGAUGACGGCACUUUUGCGGGCUUAGCGGAAGACGAGCUGGACGAGAGUCUUGUCAAUCUUCAAGCUAUGGCUGCAAGUUUGGGUUGUCGAGUUGAAGUCCUUCGCCGCGUUGCCGUGGGGUACUGCAAAUGGGUGGAGAAGGGCGGCUUGUCCGCCCGGACCGAGAAACUCUGGGUAGCGGAGGCACUGGUCAGCCCUGAUUUGAAGCAGUGUCGCUCUCAGGUAUUAACUGGUGACUCAUCCGAACGCUGGAGCGAGAAUGGCGAUCGCUUGACUAUGAAGCAGCAACCAGGGUUGACCGAACAGCUCAAUGUGGCAAUUGCAGGGGCAUCAGGAUCUGGGAAAUCUUCUCUUCUCGGGAUACUAUCCACCUCUGCACUCGAUAACGGGCGUGGUAAGAGUAGGCUAAGUCUUCUCAGGCACCGACAUGAGAUUGCCUCCGGUGUUACCAGCUCCAUUGCGCAUGAGCUGAUCGGAUACUCGGCCAAUGAUAACAAGGAGUUAUCUACCUGCUCUGAUGUCAUCAACUAUGCAUCUGGAAACAUAAAUUCGUGGGAUGACAUUCACGUCUCGGCAGGUAGCGGAGGUCGCGUUAUCUUUCUGUCAGACCUCCCAGGGUCUCUGAGAUACGUCAAGUCGGCACUCAGAGGACUAAUGAGCCUUAGACCUCAUUAUGUCCUUCUCUGUGUGCCUGCAAACAACCCUGAAGACCCCGGGUUUACUGUAACAUCUGAGGUAGGGAUGUCACUCGCCUACCUCGAGUUAUGCGUCAAGCUAGAAAUCCCCGUUGUCGUGGUAGUAACCAAACUGGACAGCGCAACUAGAUCCAGCAUCAGGCAGACUCUGACUCAGGUGCUAUCAGCUAUCAAGGCGGCGGGCCGUAAGCCUGUGAUGCUUCCUGUUCCUGGGGAAGUGAACGAGCAGGACUUGGACCUUUGCAACAUUUCCCCAGGCGACCGCAAGGACGCCAAUGCUGCUAUUAGCUCCAUGGGAGGUGACUGUCUAGAUGACAUUCCCAUCAUUAUUACUAGUUCUGUCACAGGAGCCGGGGUUGGGAAAUUACAUGCCUUGUUGCAGUCCCUCCGCGUGCCUGCUGCAGAGAAAGCCUCACACCCAAUUGCGAAGUCCAAGGAUGACACUGAUGAACAGCCGAAAUCUCUUUUUGAUAUCAGUGAAGUGUUUGAGAUGCCACUUUUCAAAGUGUACUCCUUGUCUAGCGAAGGAAAGCGGCAGAAUGAUCGAGGCAUUGUUCUCUACGGCCGUGUCCGCCAUGGGGCUAUAUCUAUCGGAGACCGACUCGUCGUGGGACCAAUAGCCCCCGAGUCCCGUAAUCAUGAAGCAACCCACACACCACCCCGGGCGAAAGCAACAUAUAGCAAGUCACUUCCUGACUCUCUGCCUUCUACUCGUUUCCGGAAGUUCACCGGAGACAGCCUUGAUGUGCAGUCCCAAACACAUGCAGUCUGGAAACAAGUACGGGUUGUCAGCGUACGCAACCUAAAGCUACCUGUAAAAGCGCUCUUUGAAAAUCAAAUUGGGACAAUUGGAGUUGAUUUUGUUGAUUCAUCGACUUCAACGUCACUCGGACGAAUGCGUAAGGGCAUGGUGCUUGCAGACUUCAAUCGUGGCUAUUCGUCAAACUCACUGCUUUCCUCGCAACGACUGUCUACCCCUGUGCCAUUUUUUCAUUCUGGUUUCAUUGCUCGAUUCCAUGCAUCCGACUUUAUCACUUCACCUCCUGUGUUGGUUUCAGGAGGCACAUCGAUGAUAUACGUCGAAAGUAUCCGGGCCGCUGCUCGAGUGAUACUGGUGGAACAGGCACAGACACAUAUGGCUGCAUCCGGCGGUGGCAUGGAACCGGAGAUGUUUAUGCUUGACGCAGCAGACCACGGCCAUACUGAAAGAGGCCACGGGGAUGACGAGGUAAACGUUACAUUCUCUCUCACAACUUCAGCCGAAUGGCUCGAAGUAGGAUCGCUUGUGCUUGCAGUUCCAGGCACAGGUAUAGGAGUCAUAGCUACUCCUCCGCCUUCCUCGUCAUGUCUGCCAUCGAUGGCUCGGCCGGGCCUACCAAGCGCACCAGGCAUCAACGGUGUCGUUGGUAGGAUCUGUGAGGUUCUCCAUGCUUGA